AUGGCCGCCGCCGAUGCGCAAAGCUACAAGCAGCUGAAGGAGGACUUUGUGUCCAACCUCUCUGGCGGCCCCGUCUCCGAGAUCAACGUCGUCACGGGUAUUGCGUCCGUCGCAUUGCUACUGUGGUCCGUUCUGCAGGUGAAGCAGUCAUUUUUUAGGACAUCCAACCCCGUUUCGCUGCUCGUCGACUUCCUCCUCAACGUCGGAGCACCGCUGCUGUCCAUCACGCUGUGGUCAUCGACGCCGCUGCUCCUCGCCGGCCUGCUCAUCUCGCCCGCCCUACUUGUAUAUGCGCUUCCGCAGAACUCGCAGAAGAAGAAGCCGAAGCUUCCGCCGACUGCCAAGGUCAACAAUGGUGCCAACAAGUCGGACAAGGAUGGCGCAGGAAUGAGCGCCCUGUCACUCAAGCCGUUCUUGACGCAUUACCGCGGUUCGAUGCUGGUGCUUACAUGCCUCGCCAUUCUCGCCGUCGAUUUUCGAAUCUUCCCACGACGAUUCGCAAAGGUGGAAACAUGGGGCACGUCUCUAAUGGACUUGGGCGUCGGCAGCUUCGUCUUCAGCGCUGGUGUGGUUGGAGCACGCCCUGUCCUCAGAGAACGCGCGGAAGGAAGAAUCACGCCUCUGCACCAACGACUCUUGAGCUCCCUGCGACAUUCCUUCCCGCUUCUGGUGCUGGGAGUGAUCAGGACAUUGAGUGUCAAGGGAUUGGACUACGCCGAGCACGUUACCGAGUACGGUGUUCACUGGAAUUUCUUCUUCACCCUCGGCUUCCUGCCACCCUUUGUUGCCAUCUUCCAGAGCAUACUUCAGGUUGUACCUAGCUACGCCUCGCUCUCCGUCAUUCUUGCCGUCCUCUAUCAAUUUGUCCUCGAGAGCACCAACCUCAAGGGAUAUAUUUUCCUGGCUCCUCGGACAGAUCUCAUCUCUAUGAAUCGAGAAGGUCUGUGCAGCUUCAUCGGCUACCUGUCCAUUUUCCUUGCUGGUCAGGAUACUGGCAUGUAUGUCUUGCCGCGCCGAAUCAAGUCGACCGGCGCAGUCACUGCCAGCUCCCAGCGAAAGACCUUGUUGCUCACGUUGGCGGCAUGGUCUGGUGUCUGGGCUGCUCUGUACUAUUUCAGCACCAACCCAGUUCGCGGUGCCGGGCUGGACGUGUCACGACGUCUUGCCAACUUACCCUACGUACUGUGGAUUGUUGCAUUCAACAAUGCUCAGCUAUUUGUCUUCUGCCUCAUUGAUAAUGUCUUUUUCCCAUCAUUCUACAGUGCCCAAGAUGCAAGGGCAGAAAAGGAGGCAUACGAGACGGCAACGAGCAGGGUUCUGAAGAGUUUCAACAAGAAUGGUCUGGCGGUAUUCUUGAUUGCAAACCUUCUUACCGGCUUGGUGAACAUGACUGUUCCUACGCUCCAUGUCGGCCCGAUACCGGCGGUUGGCAUCUUGCUCGCAUAUUCUGCAGUGCUGGCGGGCAUUGCAGUUGCCUUGGAUGCGUGGAAUAUAACCAUCAAAUUAUAG